AUGUGCAACUUGACCAUGUCUUCAUCCCCUGGAAGCAGUGAAAUGCACACCUCUUGGAACCAUAGUCCAUUAGGUAUUCAACACGUCCCUCAGUGCACAGAGCUGCAGAGGACCCCCUUGGCUUCUGCUGAGGCACCCAGGCAGAAGUCCAGUGAAAUGGGGCCACCGUUCGGUAUGGCAUUGCCUGACCACCGUGUGAGCUACUGCCCCCAACUGACUUUCACCCCUUCCCAGAUGACUUUCACUCAAGGAAUGUCUGCUUCACAGCCAGGAAUGAUGAUAUUCAAGGGACCCCAGACGAUGCCCUCAGGAGAACCCGAUAGUCCAGGGAUGGCCAUGACCUUUGGUGGGAAUCUAAGGAUGCCACCAGCCUCACCUCCCAGUGGAAUCCCAAUGAUGUCCCACAUCAGAACACGAACAAUGUCUCAUCCUGGCCUCUCAACAGUAGCUUCUAACAGAGACCCUUUACCACCUAAAAUGUUAUUAAAUCUGUUAGUGUACUAA